AGAUACAUCAUGCCGAGUCUGACGGUGCUCUUCCCGACCCAUCGCGAGGACUGGAAGCCGGUCCCUCAUCUUCAAGAUCACUUCAAUACGUAUCGAAUGGCGUACCAGUCAAAGGAACAGGUCAACGCCUGUCGGUCUCUGAUAGCCAGAAUGCCAAUAGGGCCCGAACAAGGCUGAGUUUGGCCGGAAACCUGGUACCCGGGGGUCUUUUCUCGUACAGAAGCGGGUCUAUAGCGGCCCUACGCCACCUAGAUCUGAAGGCCGCCUUCGCGAAGAUUGAGAACCAUCACGACGAUGAGAUAGGUACACGUUUCAUGUGGUAG